CGCCGCCGUCGCCGCCAUUUUCCCAGAGCGAGAAGCAGUGACACUGAGCGGGCGCAGGGGGCCGAGUCGGAGACGGUGCCUGAGUUCGGGAGCGGCAACAGAGGGGGCAUAGACACACCGAACAACCUCGCCGCCGCCUCUGCGUUCUUGUUGACUGCCUGGGUGCCCCCUCCCCUACUCCUUGGCUCCUGGCGAAGAGGCUGCGCGCUGCUGUUUGGGGAGGGGGUGUGUGGAGCCGGGUCCUGUGUCCGCAGUGGCUGCUGUCGGGGGUUCGUCUGAUUGCGAAGGUGUGGAGAGACUCCUUGGGGGUCGAGCAAAUAACGGGGUUCGGGUGUCUGGUGUGUGAACAUCACAGGGUUUGUGGAUGCACUUAGAUGUUUGCAAUGAGCACUGUGGCUGGCAUGCCCCAGUGUUUUGGAUACCAAUGCAUAGGACUCCAUAGUAAUCGAAUUUACCAGAGGCGAACGUCAUGAGCAUAGUGAUCCCAUUGGGGGUUGAUACAGCAGAAACGUCAUACUUGGAAAUGGCUGCAGGCUCAGAACCAGAAUCCGUAGAAGCUAGCCCUGUGGUAGUUGAGAAAUCCAACAGUUAUCCCCACCAGUUAUAUACCAGCAGCUCACAUCAUUCACACAGUUACAUUGGUUUGCCCUAUGCGGACCAUAAUUAUGGUGCUCGUCCUCCUCCAACACCUCCAGCUUCCCCUCCUCCAUCAGUUCUUAUUAGCAAAAAUGAAGUAGGCAUAUUUACCACUCCUAAUUUUGAUGAAACUUCCAGUGCUACUACAAUCAGCACAUCUGAGGAUGGAAGUUAUGGUACUGAUGUAACCAGGUGCAUAUGUGGUUUUACACAUGAUGAUGGAUACAUGAUCUGUUGUGACAAAUGCAGUGUUUGGCAACAUAUUGAUUGCAUGGGGAUUGAUAGACAGCAUAUUCCUGAUACCUAUCUAUGUGAACGUUGUCAGCCUAGGAAUUUGGAUAAAGAGAGGGCGGUGCUACUACAACGCCGGAAAAGGGAAAAUAUGUCAGAUGGUGAUACCAGUGCAACUGAGAGUGGUGAUGAAGUUCCUGUGGAAUUAUACACUGCAUUUCAACAUACUCCAACUUCAAUUACUUUAACUGCUUCAAGAGUUUCCAAGGUCAAUGAUAAAAGAAGGAAAAAAAGUGGAGAGAAAGAACAAAACAUUUCAAAAUGUAAAAAAGCCUUUCGUGAAGGAUCUAGAAAGUCAUCAAGAGUUAAGGGUUCAGCUCCAGAAAUUGAUCCUUCAUCUGAUGGUUCAAAUUUUGGAUGGGAGACAAAAAUCAAAGCAUGGAUGGAUCGAUAUGAAGAGGCAAACAAUAACCAAUAUAGUGAGAGUGUCCAGAGGGAGGCACAAAGAAUAGCUCUUAGAUUAGGCAGUGGAAAUGAUAAAAAAGACAUGAAUAAAUCAGAAUUGAACACCAACAAUUUACUCUUCAAACCUCCUGUAGAGAGCCAUAUACAAAAGAAUAAAAAAAUUCUGAAAUCUGCCAAAGAUUUGCCUCCUGAUGCACUUAUCAUUGAAUACAGAGGGAAGUUUAUGUUGAGAGAACAGUUUGAAGCAAAUGGAUAUUUCUUUAAAAGACCAUACCCUUUUGUUUUAUUCUACUCAAAAUUUCAUGGGCUAGAAAUGUGUGUUGACGCAAGAACUUUUGGGAAUGAGGCUCGAUUCAUCAGGCGUUCUUGUACACCCAAUGCAGAAGUGAGGCAUGAAAUUGAAGAUGGAACCAUACAUCUUUACAUUUAUUCUAUACAAAGUAUUCCAAAGGGUACUGAAAUUACUAUCGCCUUUGAUUUUGAUUAUGGGAAUUGUGGUUAUGAGACCAGAAGGAAAAAAGGAAAAAAAGACAAAGAUAUUUCAAAAGAAAAAGAUACACAAAAUCAGAAUAUUACUUUGGAUUGUGAUGGAACAGUCAACAAAAUAAAGAGUCCAGAAACAAAACAGAGAAAGCUUUCUCCCCUGAGAUUAUCAGUAUCAAAUAAUCAGGAACCAGAUUUUAUUGAUGAUAUAGAAGAAAAAACUCCUAUUAGCAAUGAAGUAGAAAUGGAAUCAGAGGAGCAGAUUGCAGAAAGGAAAAGAAAGAUGACUAGAGAAGAAAGGAAAAUGGAAGCAAUUUUGCAAGCUUUUGCCAGACUUGAAAAGAGAGAGAAAAGACGAGAACAAGCUUUGGAACGGAUCAGCACAGCCAAAACUGAAGUUAAAACUGAAUGUAAAGAUGCACAGCUUGUCAGUGAUGCUGAAGUUAUUCAGGAACAAGUAAAGGAAGAAACUGCUAACAAGCCAACCCCUGCCAAAGUGAAUAGAACAAAACAGAGAAAAAGUUUUUCUCGAAGUAGGACUCAUAUUGGACAGCAGCGUCGGAGACACAGAACUGUCAGCAUGUGUUCAGAUAUCCAACCAUCUUCUCCUGAUAUAGAAGUUACAUCACAACAAAAUGAUAUCGAAAAUACUGUACUUGCCAUAGAACCAGAAACUGAAACUGCAGUAGCAGAAAUAAUUACUGAAACUGAAGUCCCAGCACUUAAUAAAUGUCCUACAAAGUACCCCAAAACAAAGAAGCACUUGGUCAAUGAAUGGUUAAGUGAGAAGAAUGAGAAGACAGGAAAGCCUUCAGACAGCCUUUCAGAAAGGCCUCUGCGUAUAACUACAGAUCCAGAAGUGUUAGCUACACAGCUCAAUUCUUUACCAGGCCUCACUUAUAGUCCCCAUGUAUACUCUACACCUAAGCAUUAUAUUAGAUUUACUUCACCAUUCCUUUCAGAAAAAAGGAGAAGGAAAGAACCUACUGAAAACAUUUCUGGCUCGUGCAAAAAGCGAUGGUUGAAACAAGCUCUAGAAGAAGAAAAUUCAGCAAUUUUACACAGAUUUAAUUCACCCUUUCAAGAAAGAUCCAGAAGUCCUACAGUCAAUGGUGAAAAUAAAAGUCCACUACUAUUAAAUGAUAGCUGUUCCCUUCCAGAUUUAACUACACCACUAAAAAAACGAAGACUUUAUCAGUUGCUAAAUUCUGUUUACUCAGAAACCUCCACACCUACUCCUUCACCAUAUGCUACACCAACUCAUACGGAUAUUACUUCUAUGGACCCAUCAUUUGCCACUCCUCCACGGAUAAAAUCAGAUGAUGAAACUUGUAGAAAUGGAUAUAAACCUAUAUAUUCACCAGUUACUCCAGUAACUCCUGGUACACCAGGAAAUACCAUGCACUUUGAGAAUAUUUCUUCCCCAGAAAGUUCUCCAGAAAUAAAGAGACGCACUUACAGCCAAGAGGGAUAUGAGAGAUCUUCAACCAUCUUAACUUUGGGGCCUUUUAGAAAUUCCAGUUUAACUGAGUUGGGUCUGCAAGAAAUAAAGACCAUUGGUUAUACCAGCCCUAGGAGUAGGGCUGAAGUCAACAGGCAGUGCCCUGGAGAAAAGGAACCUGUGUCAGACCUUCAACUGGGACUGGAUGCAGUUGAGUCAAGCGCUUUACAUAAAACAGUGGAAACACCUGCACAUGACAGGACUGAGCCUAACAGCCAACUGGAUUCGACUCACUCUGGACGGGGCACAAUAUAUUCUUCCUGGGUAAAGAGUCCUGACAGAACAGGAGUUAACUUCUCAGUGAACUCCAACCUGAGGGACUUGACACCCUCACACCAAUUGGAGGUUGGAGGAGGCUUCCGAAUAAGUGAGUCAAAGUGCCUGAUGCAGGAUGAUACUAGAGGCAUGUUUAUGGAAACAGCUCUGUUUUGUACUUCCGAAGAUGGGCUUGUCUCUGGUUUUGGACGGACCGUUAAUGACAAUUUGAUCGACGGGAGUUGCACACCCCAGAACCCACCACAAAAGAAAAAGGUUUCUCUAUUAGAAUACCGUAAGAGACAACGUGAAGCUAGGAAAAGUGGCUCUAAGACAGAAAACUUUCCUCUGGUUAGUAUAUCACCUCAUGCAAGUGGAAACCUGAGCAACAAUAGUGAUGGGUGUGUCCAAAGUAAUGAAACCGGAGAACAGGCAGAAAACACAGCUAGCCUGCCUUUACCAACACCAGCUGCAGUUUAUAAUGCUACUUCUGAAGAAACCAGCAAUAACUGUCCUGCUAAAGAAGCUGCCAGUGAGAAGAAUGAACCUGAAGUUCAGUGGACUGCCUCCACUUCAGUGGAACAAGUGAGAGAAAGGAGUUACCAGAGAGCUUUACUUCUUAGUGAUCACCGAAAAGAUAAAGACAGUGGGGGAGAAUCACCUUGUGUCUCAUGUUCACCGAGUCAUGUUCAGUCUUCACCUUCAUCUCAUUCAAAUCACAUUUCCCAGUUGCAAGCUAAAGGCCUAGCCCCUUCUUUCAGUGAACUCAUGGAAGACCCUGACUCUGAAAAUCCAGAACCCACAACUACAAAUGAAUGUCCAUCCCCAGAUACUUCUCAAAACACUUGUAAAAGCCCUUCAAAAAUGAGCAAGCCUGGUUCACCGGGACCUGUAAUUCCUGCUCAACCACAUGGGAAAAUACUCACAAAACCAGAUCCCCAUUGGGAGACAACAGUUAUUGUAUCAGAAGCUGAGAACAGUGUUCACCUAAAAACAGAGCUCCAACAAAAACAGCUAUCAAAUAACACCCAAGCACUUUCAAAGAACCAUCCUCCUCAGCCACAUGUUCGCAGUUCAUCUGAGCAACUUUCACAAAAGCUGCCUUCUGCACCAACGAAGUUGCACUGCCCUCCAUCACCCCACAUAGAAAACCCUCCUAAGCCAUCUACGCCUCACACACCUGUACAGCAUGGUUAUCUCUCACCAAAGCCUCCUGCACAGCAGUUAGGAUCUCCCUACAGGCCUCAUCAUUCACAGUCACCUCAAGUUGGAACCCCUCAGCGAGAGCCUCAGAGAAAUUUUUAUCCAGCAGCACAGAACCUUCAAGCCAAUACUCAGCAGGCAACUUCUGGAGCAUUAUUUACACAGACACCCUCAGGACAAUCUUCAGCAACAUACAGUCAGUUUAACCAACAAAGUGUGAACAGCACGGCACCACCACCCCCACCCCCUCCGCCUCCUUCUUCGUCUUACUAUCAAAACCAGCAGCCCCCUGCAAACUUUCAGAAUUAUAAUCAGCUCAAAGGUAGUCUUGCCCAACAAACUGUGUUUACAUCAGGACCAAAUCAAGCACUUCCUGGCACCACAAGCCAGCAAUCAGUUCCAGGACACCAUGUUACUCCAGGGCAUUUUUUGUCCUCUCAGAACCCCACCAUUCACCAUCAAACUUCUGCUGCUGUCGUCCCACCCCCUCCUCCUCCACCACCUGCUCCAGGACCACACCUUGUACAACAGCCGAAUUCCCAUCAGCAACACUCUGUAGCACAUGUAGUAGGGGCAGUUCAUGCUGUCACUCCUGGGUCACAUAUGCAUUCUCAAACUGCUGGACACCAUUUACCACCACCCCCUCCACCCCCUGGUCCUGCCCCUCAUCACCAUCCGCCACCCCAUCCUUCCACAGGACUCCAAGGUCUACAAGCACAACACCAGCAUGUUGUAAAUUCAGCACCCCCGCCUCCUCCUCCCCCUCCUCCAUCCAGUGUUUUGGUUUCUGGGCAUCAUACGACAUCAGGCCAAGCUUUACACCACCCACCUCAUCAAGGACCUCCACUUUUUCCUUCAAGUGCUCAUCCAGCUGUACCACCGUAUCCCUCACAAGCUACACAUCAUACCACUUUGGGACCGGGACCCCAACACCAGCCUUCUGGAACAGGGCCACAUUGUCCAUUACCUGUUGCAGGUCCUCAUCUCCAGCCCCAAGGACCAAACAGUAUUCCAACACCUACUGCUUCAGGGUUCUGUCCUCAUCCUGGCUCUGUGGCCCUGCCACAUGGGGUGCAAGGACCUCAGCAGGCAUCGCCAGUGCCUGGACAGAUUCCAAUUCACAGAGCACAGGUGCCACCAACGUUUCAGAACAAUUACCAUGGUUCAGGGUGGCAUUAAAAUGGACUCCAAAAACAUUUUUUAAAAUGUUCUGUAAGAUAAACUGUAUAUUUCAUAUGUACCUAUUAAGGUACUUUUUAAAGCUUGUACAUGAAACUUUGUAUAAAAAAAAAAACAAAAACAAAAACCAGUGCUCUUUCAUUGUAUUUUUCCCAUUUUUGCUUUUUAAAAUUCCUUAAAAAAAAAAAUGUGCUAAGCCAGUAUUAGGUAUCUUUUAUUUUAUAAGUGAACAUUCCAGCUGUUUUCUGGCAAUAGAUUUGAUGCUACAUGAUCUUUAAAUUUUAUUGUUGCAGUUGAAUUCAUUUAGUGAAUGUUUUCUAUAUUAUUUUCUACAUAUGCAUUAAGUACACAGCUAAGUAAUGGCACUAUGAAGUUUUUUUUUUUGGGCAGCAGUUCUAUGAGUGCAACUUAGGUAUAAAAUGCAAUACAGAUUUUUAUAGUUUGGUGUGGACAUGGCUCAUUUUGUUUUAUCAGUUAUUUGCAAGCAGAAUGUAAUUUAAUGUAUAGAUGAUUUCUAAUGUCUCCUGACAAACUGUAAAUACUGCAUUUCUUUUGCGUAUAUAAUUGCUUACAGCUUUUUUCAUUUGAUAUAUAGCAUUGUACAUAUGACAAGUCUUUUGCAAAACUGUGUGAUCUUUGUGAAAGUAGUACAGUAUAUGACCUUUCAUUUCUUUUUUAUUUUAAAUAUACUGUCACAUUGAAGCACUGGUUGGGCAUUUUAAUUCAUGUUAAUAAAUCACAAUUAUGUCAGUUUUA